AUGUCCGGCUAUGUUGAAGGCGCCGUUGUCAAACUCAACCAGCCAGCAACUGGUAUUUAUUAUGCUACACAGAUAUCUGAUGCAGAAGCUACUGCAUCUUCUCUCAAGGCUGUAUCGCCACAACCUGAAGCCCGUAUCAACUUCGGGCCAAUCAGCUUUUUCGGAGUUCUCACUGUCUCCGGCUACGUCGAUACUGGCACUUACGAGGCCUCAAUUUCAGUUGCCGUACUCGGAAUUAGCCUGGGCACUCUGACCGGAAGCCUUAAGACUGGGAUCUCCGUCCAGGUUAACCUAAUUGCUGUCAAGGGCGAAAUACGGUUUUACCUGCAGAAUUCGAAUGAACUCUGGGUUCAUUUUGAUCUCAGUGUGGUUUUCGACGGACAUUACGUAGAUGAUGUCAAAAUAAUCACUCUCUAG